AUGGGUUCCACGGAGAAUGAUAUAUCGGUUGCUGAAGAGGCUCUUCUUCAGGAUGAUGAGAGAAAACAAUACACAGGAGAUGGAUCAGUUGACUUUAAAGGGAGGCCUGUUCUUAAGGAGAACACUGGCAAUUGGAAAGCUUGCCCAUUUAUCUUAGGCAAUGAGUGCUGCGAACGUUUGGCAUACUAUGGCAUUGCAACAAAUCUUGUUACCUAUCUUACCCAGAAGCUUCAUGAAGGAAAUGUCUCUGCUGCAAGAAAUGUCACCACCUGGCAAGGCACUUGCUAUCUUGCACCUCUCAUUGGUGCCGUUUUGGCAGAUGCUUACUGGGGACGAUACUGGACAAUUGCUGUUUUCUCCACGAUUUAUGUCAUAGGAAUGGGUACAUUGACUCUUUCUGCAUCGGUUCCUGCACUCAAGCCUGCAGAGUGUUUGGGUACUUCAUGCCCUCCAGCUACUCCUGCACAAUAUGCUCUGUUCUUCUUUGGUCUCUACCUGAUUGCACUUGGGACUGGUGGUAUAAAACCAUGUGUGUCAUCUUUUGGGGCAGAUCAGUUUGAUGAUACUGAUUCCCAGGAAAGGAUUAAGAAGGGAUCCUUCUUCAACUGGUUUUAUUUCUCUAUCAACAUAGGUGCCCUUGUAUCCAGCACCUUUAUUGUUUGGAUUCAAGAAAAUGCAGGCUGGGGUCUUGGAUUUGGCAUUCCUGCUUUGUUUAUGACGAUAGCCAUUGGAAGCUUCUUUUUGGGCACGCCCCUUUACAGGUUUCAAAAACCAGGGGGAAGCCCUAUUACAAGAAUGGGCCAGGUUGUGGUAGCAUCUGUCCGGAAGCGAAAUCUGGUUGUCCCUGAGGAUAGUAGUCUCCUAUAUGAGACACCAGAUAAGAGCUCUGCAAUUGAAGGAAGUCGGAAACUGGAGCAUAGUGAUGAACUAAAGUGUCUUGAUAGAGCGGCUGUAGUGUCUGAUUCUGAGGACAAAACUGGUGACUAUUCUAACAAGUGGAGACUUUGCACUGUGACGCAGGUGGAGGAAUUGAAAAUCUUGAUUCGCAUGUUUCCAAUUUGGGCUACUGGGAUUGUUUUUGCUGCUGUUUAUGCUCAGAUGUCAACAUUAUUUGUGGAACAAGGGACAAUGAUGAAAACAAAUUUUGGUUCCUUCAAGAUUCCUCCUGCUUCCCUCUCAAGUUUUGAUGUGAUAAGUGUUAUUUUCUGGGUGCCCGUCUAUGACAGGGUUAUUGUUCCCAUCGCGAGGAAAUUUACAGGCAAAGAGAGGGGAUUUUCAGAGUUGCAAAGAAUGGGAAUUGGCCUUUUUAUUUCAGUCCUGUGCAUGUCAGCAGCUGCUAUAGUGGAGAUUGUACGUCUGCAGCUUGCGGAAGAGCUUGAUCUUGUUGAUAAACCUGUUUCUGUACCCCUUAACAUAUUUUGGCAAGUCCCUCAGUAUUUCUUAUUGGGUGCAGCAGAAGUAUUCACAUUUGUGGGGCAGCUUGAGUUUUUCUAUGACCAAUCACCAGAUGCCAUGCGGAGUUUAUGUAGUGCUUUGUCUCUGCUGACUACUUCUCUGGGGAAUUAUUUGAGCUCAUUUAUUCUAACUAUAGUGACUUACUUCACUACACAAGGUGCAAAUCCUGGAUGGAUUCCAGAUAACUUGAACAAAGGUCAUCUCGAUUACUUUUUCUGGCUUUUAGCUGGACUUAGCCUCUUAAAUAUGUUGGUGUACAUAGUUGCUGCCAAAAGGUACAAGCAGAAGCGAUCUGCUUAA